ACUCCCAAAAGUUACAAUUUGUGGAUGACCGGCAGUAUUUGAUUAUCUUAUUACCGUUCCAUUAUUUCACUUUUCACUUAACUUCGAAGUUUAAUAAUUUUAUACUGUUAGUUAUUUCUUUGUGGAAGCGUUAAUCGUAAAAUUAUUUUCUCAAGAUGGAGCAUAUGGCUACAGAUUCUGGAAAAAUUGUAAAAAUGGAAGUGGAUUACACUUCCACUUGCGAUGAAAAAAUUCCAGAAUGCAAGAAAUUAGCUGCUUCUGGUAAACUUCAUGAUGCGUUAGAUAUUCUGUUGUCAUUAGAGAAACAGACCCGUACUGGGGCUGAUAUGGUAUCAACUGGAAGAGUAUUAGUUGCUAUUUGUCAGAUUUGUAAAGAUGCUAACAAUUGGACCGCUCUAAAUGAACAUAUUAUAACACUAUCAAAAAGGAGGGCACAGUUAAAGCAAGCCAUAGCAAAAAUGGUUCAAGAGUGUGUUUCUUAUGUUCAUCAAACACCUGACAAAGAGACAAAAGUUAAACUAAUUGAAACAUUAAGACAUGUGACAGAAGGAAAAAUUUAUGUAGAAGUUGAAAGAGCUCGUUUAACUCAUAAACUGGCACAAAUAAAAGAGGAAGAAGGCAAUAUUACAGAGGCAGCAAAUAUUAUUCAGGAAUUACAGGUGGAAACUUAUGGGUCAAUGGAAAAGAGAGAAAAAGUAGAACUUAUUCUUGAACAAAUGCGUCUUUGUUUAGCCAAACAAGACUACAUACGAACUCAAAUUAUUUCAAAGAAAAUAAACACUAAAUUUUUCGAUGAUGAGGGUACACAAGACUUGAAACUCAAGUAUUACCGUCUAAUGAUGCAAUUGGAUCAACAUGAAGGUUCUUAUUUGGCUACAUGUAAACAUUAUAGGGCAGUUCUCAAUACACCUUCGAUUCAGGGAAACCCCGAUGAACGUAUAGCGACUGCACAAGCCGUUGUUCUGUAUUUAAUUUUGGCACCUCAUGAUAAUGAGCAGGCAGAUCUUACACAUCGUGUAUUGACUGACAAAUCACUGGAGGAAAUUCCACUUUUUAAACAGUUGCUUAAACUUUUUGUCAAUCCUGAACUCAUAAAAUGGUCUGGUCUUUGUGAGGUUUAUGAAGAGGCUUUGAAAGCAACACCAGUUUUUAGUGGAAAUGAACAGGCUAAACAAAGAUGGAGUGAUUUAAGAAAUAGAAUUGUGGAACACAACAUUCGUGUGAUGGCGAAAUAUUACACUCGCAUUCGUUUAUCAAGAAUGGCAGAAUUACUGGAUUUAAGUAUUUCAGAAAUCGAAGAAUUUUUGUCUAAUAUGGUUGUAAAUAAAAAUGUCCAGGCCAAGACAGAUCGUCCUUCUGGCGUUGUACACUUUCAGCAAUCGAAGGAUCCCAGUGAUGUGCUGAAUGAUUGGGCUUAUGAUCUCUCAACUCUCAUGCAACUGGUUAACAAAACUACUCAUUUAAUUAACAAAGAAGAAUGUGUUCACAAACAUCUCACUGCACAAGCUUAAAUUAAUUCGAUAUCAUUAAAAUAUGUAAUAUCUUUUUUUUAACUGAUGUUGUUAAUGAAUUAUUGCUUUUUUUUAAGUUAAUUUUAACUAAGUUAGAGAAAUAUCGUACUUCGUUUCAAUAAAGCGAAUGAUUUAUCAAAAA